GACAGGCUCCUUCAACACCGCUCAGGGUGGGGUGGAGUCUGUGCUGCCUGGAUGAGGUCAGCACCUGCCAGCAUUUCCGAAACGUGCAUCUCUGGAUCCGGCAGGUCCACUUCUAAGACUGCCACUUGGGAUAUCCUCGUCUGAGGGGACAGUAGUCAGUACUGAAUGUCCCCUGCAGCCUCAUCUGGAGUUGGGAAGAUACAGAAACAACGCGAACGCCAUCCGAUCGAGGCCAUGCUAACCAAGUCACAGCACGUCCACACACUGCAGCCUGUCUGUCUCUAAAUAUGAACAGGGGAAAAUAUUCGUGACAUGAUCGUGGGUGCUGUGACUCUAGGGAGUCCAUUUUUCUCCUGCACCUAGAGGACCACUGCUCCGGGGGCGCGGAGGAGCAAUGGAAGCCUUGGGGUUUCUAAGAUUAGAAGUGAAUGGACUCACGGUGACGGUGGCCCUGUCCGUGGUUCUCGUGGCCCUGCUGAAAUGGUAUUCUACAUCGGCGUUCUCGAGACUGGAGAAGUUAGGCAUCAGACAUCCCAAGCCUUCUCCUUUCAUUGGAAACUUGGCAUUUUUCCGCCAGGGUUUCUGGGAAAGCCAGAUGGAGCUCAGAAAACUAUACGGACCACUGUGUGGGUACUAUCUUGGUCGUCGGAUGUUUAUUGUUAUCUCUCAGCCAGACAUGAUCCAGCAGGUGUUGGUUGAGAACUUCGGUAACUUCACCAACAGAAUGGCCACCGGGCUGGAGUCCGAGCCAGUAGCCAACAGCAUUCUGUUUCUCCGUGACAAAAGAUGGGAAGAAGUCAGAGGCGCCCUGACUUCCGCUUUCAGUCCUGAGAAGCUGAACGAGGUGACUCCUCUCAUCAGCCGAGCCUGCGACCUUCUCCUGGCUCAUUUAAAACACUACGCAGAAUCCGAGGAGGCGUUCGACAUCCAGAGGUGCUACUGUAGUUACACCACAGAGGUGGUUGCCAGCGUCGCCUUUGGCACCGAGGUGGACUCGUGGAAGGCUCCCAGGGACCCCUUCGUGGAACACUGCCGGCGCUUCUUCCAGUCCUGCAUCCCUAGGCCCAUCCUGGUUUUGCUCUUAUCGUUUCCAUCCAUAAUGGUCCCACUGGCCCGGAUUUUGCCCAAUAAGAACCGAGAUGAACUAAAUGGCUUUUUUAACAAACUCAUUAGGAACGGGAUUGCCUUGCGGGACCAGCAAGCUGCGGAAGAGAGGCGGAGAGACUUCCUCCAGAUGGUCCUGGAUGCCCGACACUGUGCCAGCCCGGUGGGUCUGGAGAGCUUCGACAUCGUCAGGGAGAUCUUCUCCUCUGCCAGAUGCUCAGUGGCUCCUUCCCAGCAGCGCCGGCCCCGAGCCCUGUCCACGCCUCUGACUGCGGAUGAGAUCGUGGGCCAGGCCUUCCUCUUCCUCAUCGCCGGCUACGAGAUCGUCACCAACACACUGUCCUUUGCUACCUACCUUCUGGCCACCCACCCUGACUGCCAAGAGAAGCUCCUGAGAGAGGUGGACCUGUUCAAGGAGAAGCACGGUCUCUUUUCUGUUCUGAAUGAACUGAGACGCUUCCACCUGUAUAGGCCUGAGCUGCCUCCCUCCUGUCAUUUCUGCAAACAGCCUGCUCGCCAAGCCUGGCCUGGCAUCGCUCAAAGACCCCUGAGGCCGUCUGGCCUCCUGUCCUCUCAGCCUAGCUCUCUCCCCAUUUGGGCCUUAACAAGAUCUCACAGCCUGCCCUCCCUCAGAACAGACACUGGCAUUUCCUCCCCAGGCAAUAGCUACGAUGUAAAAGCAAUGCUAAUACUGAAACACAACACUGAUGGUGUACCAGGAGCCUUCAGGAGGAUGACCGUCAGCUGUGAAAAAAUUAAGCCAAUCGGCCUGAAGGUAGGCUGGAAGAGCACAUCUACUAGUGCUCUGAAUGGCAGAUUAGCAGACUGGUGGACGUUAGCUGUACACUGGGGAGGUGACCCCAGAAAUGGCUUUUCCCCUGGUGUUCCAUCACCAAGAAACGGGACAGCCCAGAAGUGAAGUCAGAUGAUCCCCCUGCUGCUUAUUCAGUCGCUAUCCCCUACACAAGGCACAGUGUCACUGGGGCGACCCCCAGCCUCAAGCCCACAGGCAGGGAGGGCUUCCCGCUACAUCCGCGCCAGGCUGCGCUUCUUCUGCAAGGGAUUACGAUGGAGGGAAAGCAGCCAUUGGCUGCUCACCGCGAAGGUUCUCAAGGAUUCUAAACAGACCAUAAGUAAUUCACUGAGUCACUCACAAAGGACCCAGCUCUGUGUGCCGGUGGCUCCGCAUUCAGGAAGCCAACAGUAAUCAGCGCCACCGAAAUGCAGAG